AUGGCUGCAAUCACCGCAUCACCAACAUCGCAAUCCAGCCCCGCCUCUCUCCCGCCUUCGGUCUUCACGCUGCCUCACACAGCCCAGCUCGAGGCGCUGUAUACCAUCAUUCGCGACAGGACGACAUCGCGCGGCGACUUCUUGUUCUAUUCUGAUCGUGUGAUCCGCCUGCUCGUCGAGGAGGGGCUCAAUCACCUCCCGGUUGUACCCAAGACGGUCGAGACACCUGUGGGGGCAACAUAUAAUGGCGUUGGGUUCGAGGGGAAGAUAUGUGGUGUGUCCAUCUUACGUGCUGGAGAGGCGAUGGAGGCCGGUCUCCGCGAGGUGUGCCGGAGUGUGAGGAUAGGCAAAAUCCUUAUCCAACGCGAUGAAGAGACCGCUCUUCCGAAGCUGUUCUACUCCAAGUUGCCAGAGGAUAUUGCUCAGCGAUAUGUGCUGCUUCUCGACCCAAUGCUCGCUACCGGAGGCUCUGCGAUAAAAGCAGUCGAGGUUCUCAAAGAUCACGGUGUAUCGGAGGAGCGAAUCAUCUUCAUCAAUUUGAUUUCGGCUCCUGAAGGGCUAAAAUCAUUCUGCGGCAAGUUCCCAGCGCUGCGCGUGAUCACGGGGUGGAUAGACAAGGGCCUUAACGAGAAGGCGUACAUUAUCCCCGGGCUAGGAGAUUUUGGUGAACGCAGAUACUGCGAGUGA